AUGAAGCUAAACAAGCCCAUCUUCCUUUCAUCUUUUCUCAUCAUCUUUCUCUUGAAUUCCAUGCUAGUUGCAUCUCAGGAAGUUGAGAACGAGGAGGAGUACUUCAAUUACAUUGAAGGGAGUGAUAAGGGUCCAGAUCACUGGGGCCAAAUCCAUAAAGACUGGGCCGCUUGCGGCAAUGGUGAUAUGCAAUCUCCCAUCGAUUUGUUGAAUGAGAAGGUGGAGGUGGUACACCAUUUGGGGAGGCUGAAGAGAAGAUACAAGCCAUCCAAUGCAUCUCUAGUGAAUAGGGGUCAUGACAUUAUGCUUAAAUGGGAAUAUGGAGCCGGAUCGCUGUUCGUGAACGGAAUGGAAUAUGUACUCAGACAGUGUCAUUGGCACUCACCUUCAGAGCACACCGUCGACGGUCAGAGGUACAAUCUAGAGGUGCACAUGGUCCAUGAGAGUUUAGACAAAAAGAUAGCUGUGGUUGGGAUCAUGUAUAAAAUCGGAAGAAGAGAUAAGUUUCUCACCGAGUUGAUGGACUACGUACGUGCCAUCAGCAAUUCAAAAGAUGCGGAAAAAGUGGUGGGCCUUGUUAAUCCAAAACAUAUAAAACUAGGUUCGAGGAAAUAUUAUAGGUACAUGGGCUCUCUCACCACUCCUCCAUGCACGGAAGGUGUCACGUGGACCAUCAUAAAAAAGGUGAGGACCGUUUCGAGGGAGCAGGUGCGGUUGUUCAGGGAAGCAGUCCGUGACGAUUCGCAGAUGAAUGCUAGGCCCACACAGGAUACGAACAAUCGAACGGUCCACCUCUAUAGUCCACGAAGAAUUCAUACCUAG